GCCUGUGCUGGCCCGGGCGGGCCGCGCCGCGCGCUCCGGGGCCGCCGCCGGUGUGCUGUCAUGCUGCCAUCUCUGCUCCCAGAGGAGGACUCUGCUUCCAAAGCCACCAUUUCCAGCUAGAUGUACCCGAACCAAGCGGCCGCCAUGGACACGGGCUGCGCGGAGGAGCCGGAGGGAAGUGACCUGCAGCGGGAGGAGUGCGGGGAGCGGCAGCCCCAGCCUGGCACUGCCCCCGGCGCAGCCGUGGAGCCGCCUCAGCCGCCCCCCGGCAAGCUGAAGAAAACGGCUUUCAAGCUGUUCGGAGGGAAGAGGAGCAUCUGUACGCUGCCCAGUUUCUUUGGAGGCAAAAGCAAAGGCCAGGGGAAGGCGGCCUCUAAAAAGGGCCUCGUUAAAUGUAAGACCCACGACGGGCUCAGCGGGGCCGUGGACGACGAAGGUGGCGGGGUGCAGCUGGAAAGCCCUUCCGAGGGCUGCAGGGACUCGCACGCUUGCCCUUUGCCGAGCUCCCAAAGCGCUCACUUGGCCAUGGACACCAGCACCAGGUUUGACUUUGGCCAGCAGGACGGCUCUCUACCUGGCAGUAUCGAGGGCGGUGAGAAAAAGCCCAAUGGUGAGAAAUCCUCCUUUCCCAGACCCAAAAAAGGCCUGAAAGGGUUUUUUAACAGCAUCCGGCGUCACCGUAAGAGCAAGGCUGCGGAAUGUGAGAGAGCAGCGGAAUGUGAGUGGGCUGGGGACACGGAGGAGGCCGCCAAAGCUCCUGGCGUGGGAGCGGAGAGCCGAGGGGCUGCGGAGGGAAGAGGCCUGGGGUCUGUCCCUGUCGCUGCAGCCUGCCCUGGAGGCUCAGAGGACAACUGCUCCAUGGGCACCGCGGCCGACGGCGGUGAGGUCACUGAGCCCGGCGGUCCCACGGCUGACGGAGGCGGCUCUGAGGGUGACGAGGCGGUGCUGGGGAAGAGGGAUCUGGAUACCAAGUCGGAGGCUGACGCUGCUGUCAGCGCAGAGUUUGACCAGGGUAAUCUGCUGCUGGCCUUCCAUCCGGACUUCAUGGACAACGACCCUCCUUGCCUGCACUCUGGGGACCUGCUAAGCCUCAUCUUGGGCGAUGUCACAUCCCUGAAGAGCUUCGAUUCCCUGACGGGGUGCGGAGACGACAUUGCUGAGCCUGACAUCGCCGAGAGCAGCAUCUCCAUGGAGCGCAGCAGAGACACUGCGAAACGGAGCUCCUGCCUCGUGACCUACCAGGGCGGCGGGGAGGAGAUGGCCAUACCCGAGGAGGCGGAGGAGUACCUCCACCAGAUAUGGGACGGCAACGCAGCAGGGGAUGGCAGCUACGGAGCGCAGGUGUCGAGUAGCAGUUUGGAGACACACGCCUCGCACGAGGCCGAAGCCCAGCCCUACGUGGGGGACGCGAUGGACGGCGUCGACCUCCUGACACCUCAGAGCGACCAGCAAGAGUCCGCCCCGAACAGCGACGAGGGCUACUACGACUCCACCACGCCAGGGCCUGAGGAUGAAGGUGGAGACGGGCUGGGUGAGAUCAAGAAGGACCGUCUUCCCAGAGACAGUUACAGCGGUGAUGCACUUUAUGAGUUUGACGCGCUGAUGAGUCCGACUCACGGGGAAGAAUCCCUGUUCGAGAGCAAAAUCUCACGCCCGGGGAUCUUCAGCUACUUCUUGGACUUCUGCCUCCCCGCUGAGAAGAACCUGAUCCAGAUGAUGGAUCAGAAACGAGGGGUGAUGGAAACGGAAGAGGAGCGGCUAGCGGCCAUCCAGAAAGAGCUGCUGUACUGGGAGCUGCAGAGGGAACCUAUCCUGAAACAGCUCGAUGUUCCCAGCAAGGAGAAGUGUCACCGGGAAAAGCAGUGCAUUGAAUGUAAAACUCGAGCAGCCAGCUCGGUUGGCAAGAAUCAGAGUGGCCUUGGUAGCGAGCAGCUGGCCUCGCACGCCCCAAGCAGGGGGGUGAAUGGUGGGGUUUUGGUGGCUAGAGCUGAAAAUCCAGAGUGGGGGGAUUUCCCAGGGACUCUCUGUCCAGAAAACUGUUACAACAGCCAAAAAGCCCAAGGAAGUUGCCUUAUACAGCUCGCAAAGAGCACCCCAGGGUUUGAUUCGGACCUGGAUGGUGGGUUGUUCGGGGGCUCGAUCCGCAGCGGCGUAGCCCCAGCCAAAGCUGGGAUGUUCCCUGACUACAGAGUCCCGGAGCAUGGAGCAGAGGCCGGUGCUGACAGGCCCCGGGUGGGCGCUGAGCCUGAGCCUGAGCAUGCCGUCAGCUUCUCGCAGGCGCUGGUGGAGUUCGCCAGCAGCGGGACCCUCUUUUCCAGCCUCUCCGAAAGCCUGGGGAGCUCUGCCUCUGGCUCUUCCUUCACCCAGAACCUCCCUGCUCUCCCCACCAUGGUCACCUUCGAUGUUGUUGACGUGGAGCAGGAGGGAGAAGGGGAGUGCGAGCAGCACCCCGAGAUGAACGCGGGCGAGGACAUCGCUGAGGCCUUUGACGACGGCUACGGACAGAAAGAGUCGUUGGCUGAAUGUGACGAGCGAAUGUCCCCGGGGUACCCUCUGGGCUCCUUCCAGAGCUGCAACUGGGGCGUUGCCAGCCUGCCCCGUCACCUGCGCCUGCACGGGCUGAGCCCCUCCAUGCCCGCCCCGCUCUCCCUUGACAGGAGGAGCCGGUCCCUGGACACGGAGAGCCUGGAGUUUGAGCUCACUGACUCGCAGGUAGGCAGGAGCGGCCCUCAGCCCUGCCGGCUCUGGGCGAAGCAGGAGGCUGGCAAAAAGGACUCGGGUGGAGCGAGGAGGAGCAGGAGCAAGGAGGAGGGUGAGCUGGGGGCUCCUGACGGUGAGUUGGGCUGGCCAGGCCUGCAGCACCUCCAGCACAACACCGACGUGGCUGCUGAGGGGAUGGAGCGCUGGGGUUUUGCUCCGGCUGCCGCCAUGGAGGGUGCCUGGGAGCCCGGGGAGCGGGUGGGCACCGCAGCCCCUUUCCUGUCCCUUUCCCACAGCGUCACCGAAGAGAGUCCGGACAGACAGCCCCAGGAGCCAGAGCUGAGCAGGCUCCUGCUCAGACCCUCCAACUUACCUCUGCAGCCUGAGGCGCGCUGGUCCUGCGAGGCAGCUGCUUCCUACAGGUACCACGGAGAAGUGGCCAGCAAAAAGCUGCCCCGCUUGUUACCCUUGGGGGAAACGGAGCCCGAGCUGCCCGCCUUCAGCUUCGCUUGCUCCCCGGAGAAACGUGCCAAGGGCAAGCCCGUGGGCAUCGCCCAGGCUGUGCCCCAGCACCCCGACAGCAGCGCUGAGCCCGUCCCCAGCGCCGAGUGCUAUGCAGAGCCGCUGAAGGGCCGAGCACCCCCCCGCAGCACCGCCAUGAGUGUCGCUGAGGCCCAGUAGCCGCUUCGGGGAGGGUUGGCAAAGGGCAGGGAGGGAGAAAAUAAACAUGAACCAGCAGUUUGGGAGUGACUUGAAUCUAGACCCGGGGCUGAUAAGGACGAGCUCCUCUCGCAGUCACAGGACACGGUCUGGCUGUGCUGGUGGGGCUGGGAGCAGCCCCGGGGCUCUGUACGUUAACGCUGAGGCACUUUCUGGUUUCCCGGCGCGGUCGUGGCCCCCGGCGCCUGCUCACGUUGCUGCUAGAGGAAGAGCUGGGGACAGACCCCUUGCUCGUGGGGCAGGUUUGGGUUGUUUGCUAGAGGACUGGAGCUUGGGGAAAUCUUUGAGAGAAACUGGGGUUGGGUGUUUUGUUUUCCUUCCUUGGUGAAACGUUUUGGUUCAGACUCACUUUGAAUGUCUUUGGUCUCGGUUUGGGGAGGCCGGGAGGAAGCGUGAUGGUUAUUUCCAGAGCGAGGACGGGAGGUGAGUCAGCUGAAAGGGCACCUUUGCAGGACACUGUUAUUUAUUUAUUUCCCCUUUCCCCAAAGGAAAGCAGGAGCUUUUGCCUUGAAUGGUUUGCAGGCCUACUUUCAAUCUGUGAAAGGUGCCGUGUUCAGAGGGAACAACAUGUCACUCCCUUGUAGGAACAACCUGUCGCUCUCUCCUUCACCGUGGGCUGUCUUCAAGCUGCAGAACCCCCAGGUGAAGCCUUUCCUGGGCUUUGCCCCACACCCCUCACCUCUCCCAGCCCAAGGGCUUUGAAAUAAGCUAAAUCUGCAUCGUGCCUGUAGCUGCGAAGGUGCAGGUGCUGUGACUUUCUUACAAAAGGAAGUUUUGUGGGUUGUUGUUGUUGUUUGGGUUUGGUUUUAAUUAUUUUACUGUUAAUUUUCUUUGCAUAAGCUCAUAGGAGGGAAGUAUUCUGUUCAUUGGAAUACAGGAUGUAACGCAGCCUAAAUUAGGCUUCACAACUUCUUCCUCCUAACUGGAGGGAACAAAAAAAGCUGGAGGUUGCUGCAGGUUUUGGGUUUCUUUUUCCUCUUUGAAGGAGCAUGGUGGAGGAACACGAGCUAAGGAGAGAGGCUUUGUCCAAGGAGGUUGUACUAGCUCGUGGAAACAUCAGCUUGAGGUGUCUCCCCUGUCCUCUCUGAUCUCAAACACCAAACGUCCCUGCCCGUGUGACUUACAAAGCUUCUUCCUCAUCCUACCCGAGCUCUGUGUUCUGGUUUUAAUUCGAUGACGGAUGAUCAUGAUUUGUUUUUCUCCACCCUGAGUUGCCUCUUUUUCUGCUGUUCCCUGCAGCAGAGUUUGUAGCAUUAAAAGCCACAAGACCAACAAUCACAGAUGAAACAGCAGAUUUUUCUGCCACCUCGAGGGCUGAGUGCAGGGCGAGGGGCAGCUCUGCUCAACCCAAACCUGUGUUUCCUGCCCACAGUGGGUAACCCCCCACUGCUGGAAACCUCAGCAGCUCCCUGGCAUCACUAUGUUUACAGGCACAAGCAGCUGCUUUGGGUUUGUUUCCCUCCCUGCAAGCAAACUGAGGUCCUGAUAUUUGUUUUUGAGAAGCGGCCCCUCACUGCCCUGUCUAUAUGUGUGGAGGAGCGAGGAAAGGCAAAGCCAGGCUUCACUUGCCCACAGUUUGACCCAUUUAUUUGGGUUUUUUCUUUCCUUAACAGACUCAAACCUCAUUUUUUCAGUAUUUUCCUGCAGGGUGUUACCAGAGGAACCCACAUCCCUCCAUGCAACCAGAGAGGGCUUUUGGGACAAACCCGGCUCCUGCCACAGCUCCCACUCUGCAUCCCCCACCUGGAGAGGAGAACACGGUUGGGCAGCAAAGUGCCCUCUCCUCUGGGCUUGGAAAUGCAGUCUCCCCUUGUUAGCAUGAGGGAGCAUCUGCUAAUGGAUAUUGCUUCCUCGUCUUGCUGGGAGCAAGGCCACAGCACAUCUCUCUCACAGAGUGAAAACCAGGAGCAAAUGCUGCUGCUGCCACCUCAGAGGUCAUCACACAGAUGACAGACCACAGCAGACAAACCUUCCUUCCCAGCAGUUGCUCACCCUGAGCAGCAGCCCCUCACUGCUAUUUUUUGGGGGGAGGGGGGUUGUUUUAAUGACUUC